AUGACGUCAAUAGGUACCGGCUACGAUCUCUCCAACUCCGUCUUCUCGCCCGACGGCCGCAACUUCCAGGUCGAAUAUGCCCAGAAGGCGGUAGAGAAUGGAGGCACGGCAAUCGGCAUUCGCUGCAAGGACGGUGUUGUCCUCGCUCUCGAGAAGAUCAUCAGCAGCAAGCUCCUCAAGAAGGGCGCCAACAAGCGGAUAGCAACCGUCGACCGCAACAUGGGCAUCGUCUCUUCCGGUCUCGUUCCUGACGGACGCCACUUCGUUUCCCGAGCUCGUGACGAGGCUGCGCAGUGGAGGAAGAUGUACAAGGGCCCCAUCAAGACCGCUGCGCUCGCCAACCGCAUGGGCAGCUUCGUCCAGGCGUACACCCUCUACUCUAGCGUGCGCCCGUUCGGCGUGACGUCCAUCAUUGGUGGCUGGGAUAGCGAAGAGCCCGCGGAGGUUGACGGCCAGGUCGGCAGCGGUCCUUCGGUCGGAGCUGGAGGCAAGAAGGAGGGUGUCACUCACGGCGGCCCGUUCCUCUACAUGGUUGAGCCUAGUGGCCUGUACUGGGGCUACUACGGUGCCGCGACGGGCAAAGGCAGGCAAUCCGCCAAGGCAGAGCUCGAGAAGCUCAACCUUCACGAAGGCACCCUCACCCUGGAGCAGGGCGUCAAGGAGGCCGCGCGCAUCAUCUACUUCGCACACGAGGACAGCAAGGACAAGGAGUUCGAACUGGAGAUGACUUGGAUCAGCUCUGCUUCCGGCCCCACCAAGGGCAGGCACGAGGAGGUCCCCAAGGCGCUGCGGGAAGAGGCCGAGAGGCUGGCUAAGAAGGCGCUGGAGGGUGAUGAUGACGACGAGGAGGAGACUAGGCCUGAGGGCGACAGGAUGGAGGAGUAA